GAAUCUUGAUCUGCUUCACUCCUCCUCCACCUCGGGUCGGGUCGGGUGCUCCUGUUGGUCUCUGGUUUCUAGUAUUGUCAACCGUACACUUCGCUCGGGUGCUAUUUACAGCAUGUGCGUUGCAGAGAGUAGUACUAGGCACUGUGCCACGUACUCGCGCAACGGGCGCGGUAGCUUCUCGUGAAGGUUAGCUUAAGGGCGUUCAUUCAUUCGUUCAAACCGAGGUGACAUUUGAGUCUUGCAAGACUUCACUCAAACGUUUUCACUCAUAAGUUAUCUCGAGAACGCUAGCUGCAGGACGUUCUUUCAAGCCUUCCGCCAUUUCAAGCUUGAGUCAAGCUGCUUCGCCAUUACGUUCCAUCCUUCGAACACAUGUCUCCGUCGUUAGACAUAGAAUAGUCGUUGUGCUCGCAUCUGUGUCUCGUUUUCUUGAUUCUUCCCUUUCUUUCCGCCCUCGGGAGUGCGGCUCUUGGCAUACUGCUUCGGUUUAAAGUGCCCCGAUAUUGUAGUCCGCGCGUAGUGUGGCCCUACGAUGAAAUCAAACGACGAACUGCUGCUUUCCCCAAUCAGUCCAACUUCGAGGCUCCGAAAAAUGGUUGAAAACUCCUCCGGUUUCGCGUACCCCGCGCUCCGAAUCGCUUUCAUUAUUAUCACACUCGCGCUGCUGUGCCUUUUCGGCACGCACGAGUACUACGAGGUGCAAGAGCAGAUAAAAGAAUUCUACGACGAAAUCGAGAAAGCGCCGUGUAACAACACCGCGAUACUGUACAUUUCCCGAUCGAAAUAUUUCUUCUGCCCGAUAACGCCCUCCGCGGCCGCGGAGGCCGCUGCGGAGAGGGCGGAAGCGGGACUUGCAGCGGCAAGGGCGGCGAACCAACCGUCAGAAAGCAGCGACACGUCAGCUGCGGGCGAUGAGCAGGAAGAGCCCGAGCCGCCACGCGACGGGUGCGACGAAGCGUGGGAGUGGUUCACCGACGCCAGCGGCGGCGGCGGUGACGGUGGAAACGGCGGCGGCGGUGACGGCGGGAAUACCGGCGAGGAGCCCACCUCGGGGCGGCGCGGAAGAAAGCUCCCCCAGACCCGGCGACGCGCGAAACGGACGACGGCGGAUUACGACGCGAACGACCCCAGCGGCGUUGACUUCGACGACCGGAAUCCGUCCACGUACCCGUCCACGUCGACUCGCGCAUCGAGCAUUCCGCGGCGCGAACGCGGGAAGAACUGCAAAGCGGAGUGGGUUACUUAUUCCACCUUUUCCGCCGUGGGACUUAAUCGUCUUGCUGACGUCACCAGCAUGAUUGACUUGCCGCUUUCCGUCGUCGGCUUGCAUCAGCCGUGGAACGGAUUCCGUCCGCGUCUGGUAGCGGUGCUCGAGUACGUCCAAAGUCUGCCGCCCGACCGCAUCAUCAUCGCUACAGACGCGCUGGAUGUAACACCCGUACCGUCCUGUACCGCCGACCGUAUCAUCUCGGCGUUUCUGAGUUUCAACGCGCCGAUCGUGUUCGGCGCAGAACCGUACUGCUUCCCGGAUCGGCUCGAGGAUAAAUAUCCGCCGCUGCCGCCGGAAGCGGCGGCGGUUGACUCGCAGUUUAAGUACCUCAACGCGGGGACGUAUGUAGGGUACGCGUGGGCAGUUAUUGCUGCGCUUAAAGCCGCUUUAGCGAACCCCGUUAGUUGGUUUGACGAUCAGAGGGAGUACACCCGGCUAUUCUUAAACCAAACGCAGCUUCUGCCGUUUAUAUCCCGAUGGGAGGACGAGCAGCAGCGCAGCUUGCGGUGGCGAUUGCGACGCGAAUGGCGGUUCGACGACAAAAUCUGGAAGUGGCGGCGCGUGGUUAAGACCAUGCAGGCGCGACUCGCGGCGCGGCCCGUCAUAGUUCUAGACCACAUGAACGGGCUGAUCCAGAACCUUUUAGGCACGAAGGACGAGGAUUAUGAGAUAGUGGAUUUAAGGGACGUGCAACAGCAGCAGCUACAAGACUGGCAGCAGCAGCAGCAGCGAGGGGAAGAACCGAACAACCCUAGCGGUGGCGGCGGCGGCGGCGGCGGCGGCGGAGGCAGCAUCAGUGGCAGGCAAGCGCAGCCGUUUCCCCCGCUUCUCCCCCUGACGCCCCUCCCCCGGUGGCCGCCCGCCCUCCACUUAGGCUUGCGCAACAGGAACACGGGGGGGUUCCCCUGCCUCCUGCACGAGCAGGGGGAGAAAUUUAAUAUUUCGCUGCCCGUGCUACAGCUGCUGAUCAAGCUACAGAUUGACGAGGCACGGGCAGGCAAGGGGUAUAUUUCCUGGUGGCGGGCUGGGUGGUUACAUAGAGUGGGCAAGUAUAAGAUUUGAAGUGACUUUAGAGUGUAUAAUUUCAAGUUACCCGUUCUACAGCUGCUCGUCAGUCAAGGGUACAUGGACGAGGUGAGGGGAUGCCAAGGGUACAUUUCCUGGUGGCGGGCUGGGUGGCUUUGGGCAGGAAUAAGACAGUGAAUUCUGGGUGUAGAAGUCAAAUUACCCAUGCUACGGGUGCUGGUGUGGCGACAGAUUGAGGGGGAGGGGGGGGGUGGGGGGGGGGUUAGGCAGUGGUUACAUUUAGUGGUUGAGCACAGGGGGGUUGUAUUUGAAGUAGCGGGACUACUGUGCAAGGAGCAGAGGGCAAAGACGCAUGGGUGAGGGAGCAUCUGGCGGUAGUAAGCUGGCUGAUGGCACUACUGGUGGUGGCUGCACAGACUGACAAGUAUUGAGACCCAUGGAAGGGAGCAGUGGGCAAGCACUGCUAGGCAAGGGGGCAGAGGCUACAUAUAUUAUAUAGUCUUGUGCUGCAUACUUGUAUUUGGCUGAAAUAGACUAGUUGAAACUGU